CUCGACGCGCGCGUUGCCUUCUGUCACACGUCUCAGCAACGCACUGACGGCAAUAAGGUUCUCAUUUUAACAUGAGAUUCUCCUUCAGGAAGCUUCAAUCCCUCUGAAUUGCUGCUGCCCCGAAAAUAACAGAAGGACCUUGCUCGCGGCACUACAAAUAUGUCGCGUGAUCGUAGCGAGGUAGGUCAUCUUUAUGCUCCUCUCAGCGCGUGCAAUCUGACUGACGAGCGUGUAAAGAAACGCUUAUUGUCAAUACAUGAACUCGAGAUCAAGAGACAACAUGUUCUGCAUGGGAUUGAGUCGAUUCAUCGCGAUGAGGAGGCGCGACUGAUGAAAUUGAAACUGCUAUCUUUCCAGGAUGAGAACGCGCGCCUGGAAGAAGCGGCCGGCAACAAAGGGACCGAAAGCCAAGAACUUGCCAAUUCGCUUGCCGCGCUACGUCAAGAGUUUCACGAGGCGCAUCGCGCAGCGCGAGGACGGGAAUCCAAAUUUAUGAAGCAAAGCAGCGAAAUCGCGGCUCUCAAGAUUGAGCUAGAAUCUCUAAGAGGCUCAGUACAAGAUUCUGGACAUAUUCUCCAAGAAAAGUUUACCCUCACCCGUGAACUCGAUCGCCUACGUCCUGAAAUAGAGCAUCUGCGCUCACAGUUAUCCAGCCAUCAAUCGGUUAUUGCUGAGAAACAUGCCCUCCAGCGACAGGUUGAUACUCUCGAAGUGGAACUCGACAACCAAAAGCGUUCUAAGCAGAAGCUGCAGGACAAAGAGCAGAAGCAAGCACUCGAUGAGCUAAGGUCGCAGCUCGCCGACGCAGAGAGGAUGAUUGCUGCAGAGAAGCGCGAGAGCGAGAAAGUUGCCAAGGCACACGAAAAGACCACCGCAGAAGUGAACAGCAACAUGGAACGCCUCGAGGAGCGGGCAGUCGCAAUGAAGGACAAGAUCAAGACCCUGCAACAGGACCUUAAGAAAGUCAGGGGGGAACUUGAUCAAGAGCGCGCUGCGCACGAGGCCACGCGCCAAGCCAUGCAAAAGCUGAAGAAGCCGGCACAACAAGCAGUGCCAGCGGCUAAGAAACGAAGAGUCGAGGAAAAGAGCUUUGCCGACAUCACAAUCGAAACGCCUGGCAACGAGAGUCAGCACGAAAGACACGGCGUCAAGAAACGAGGAAUCAUUCAUGCGCCAAUGGGCGAAAAAUCCCACUUCUCGAUCACACCCUUCUUAAACCGCAAGAAACCCAUCGAGGAAGAACUCGAACUCGAACACGACGAUGCUACAGCAAGUAUGGCGCCAGGCGGUCUAGCGGCGGAUUCAGAGGCUGAGGACAUGGCGAAUAACUCCGCGGAGGAGCGGCCAGCCAAGACGAAGCCCCUCAAGGCCCGAGGAAAGGCCCGAGGCAAACCGCUGGCAGAUAAUUCCAGGUCAAGGGCCGAGACGGCAGACAUCGACACUGAACCGCUGGCGACGGAUGAUCAGGAAAUGGCACAACCUGAUCCUGUGCCUCAAGUACGUCCAAAAGCCGGACAACCAGCAAGGCCCAAAACCAAACUCGUCCAAGCGGACGCCCCUCGACUUGGGCAACCCACGGCAAAGCGAGCUCCCCCAGCUGAGGUAGAUGUCAAGAGGAGAAAACGUAAGCUGGGAGGAAACAGCACUCUCUUUGAUGAGGAGGAGGGGGCCGAUGAGCCCCCAGCGCCCUCUUUGGUAAAACCAAAUCUUGCUGGAAAGCGCAAGAAGACGCAGCUGGGCGGCGUUGCCAAUGCUUUCGCCGGGACGACUUUCUCGCCUCUUAAACGCGACAGGCGUGGGGUGGGAGCAAGCUUUCUAGCUUAAGUUAGUGCAGUCAUGGACCGCAUGUCAUAGGCAAAGCUUGAUGUUGCUAGAUCAUCUCAAGCACUUCUCUAUUAACUUAGCCUCAGUCGCAGAUGGAUGCAACCCACAAUAUCUCCAUGCGUGGUAAAUUUAUCUUCAGCGAUUCAGUUUCACUAUAGCUAGCAUUUUAUUGCAGAAGGAUAGCCUCCAAAAUAAUGUGUUCUUCGGAACAUGAAAUGAU